CUAGCAAUAAACAUGUACAAUCUGCCGUCAAUAUACAAAGCUAGAAACGAAAUAUUACGCAGCUGGAGGCUGAACAGCAUAUUAGGUCUUCCCCUGGCCUGGAAUCAGAGAAAUGCUAUUGGCGCAUCCAUUCCUUACAGCAUCAUCUCUCCUGCAUGGGUCCGAGCGUGCUAUUGGGCUUGCCUGGCCCAUGGGCCAAGGACGAUCGCGAGCCGUCCGAUCACUACACGACCAAGAUCGGCGGCCUACCUGACUGGCCCCCCUGGGUGGCUCACCCACCGCCGCAGCUGCUCAAGUGCUCCCUGUGCGAUGGGCCGCUCUCCCUCGUGCUGCAGGCUUAUGCACCGCUCUCCCUUCCCUCAGCAGCAGAUGCAGCAGCAGCAGGGGUGACACGUGGCAGCAGGCAAUUGGAGGAGCGGGUUCUCUACAUGUUUGCAUGCGCCAAUGGGGGAAAGGAGGGGGAGGAGGCUGCUUCCGCGCCAACCCCCCUUGGGGACCUCUCAUCUGUGUUUGGGGACGUGGCGCCUCUGUGUUGCGACAGGCUGUGCUACAAGCGAAAGGCGCCGCUGGUGCGGCCGCAAGCAAGAAACGCAAUGUGGAGGCGUUGCUCUGGUUUUUCCCAAGCAGAAAGCUAAUCAAAGCAUCGUUCACCGUAGCAGCGUUCGUCAGAGCUAGUCGCAUCUCAUGCAGGGACGUUUACUCUCAAAGCUGAGACCUUUCCCCGUUUUUCCCGUGGCCAAGCUCUUCCUUUCCCAGUUCUCUCUCUGCUCUCGUCAUUUAUUCUCUCCGCCCUGCUCCCUGUGCUCUUGUUCUAUCCUUCCUCACCUCCUGUUGCCCUGGUCUCUGCAGGUGGCGGAUCAUUCGCAUGCAGCAGCUCCCCUCCCAGCAACCGCCGCCACCACCACCAGCACCAGAACCGGCACAAGCAGCAGCAGCAGCAGCAGCAGCAGCAGUGGCAGCCUCCACAUGGGCAGAUGCGAGUCCCUGGGAUGCUGGCAGCACAGCAGCGGGAGAUAACUGGGGGCUUCCAGACCCAGGCUCAGGUGCUCCAGGUGCUCUUUCAGGCGUCUUUGCCACACCAGGACAAGAUGUUGGUGUGGUAGGAGGAGGGUGGGGCACCGGGACAUGUGACAGUAACGAAUUCGGUUCCACAUUACAAGACGCGCCCCUUUCCUCACUAGACGCUCUGACAGCGUCAAUCAGCGCCGCCGCUGCCAGGGCGGCUGCUAGCACUGUUGUGGAGAAUCAUGCAGUGGGGGGGAGGAAGGGAGGUGCAGGCAGAAAAGCAUCCCCAGGCGCAGCAGCAGCAGCAGCCGCACCAGUGGCAUCAAGUACGAGUGGCGCAACGCCAGCUGAGACUCUUCCUCUCCGUGUGCUGCCGUGCUUCUACCUGUUCUCCGAGGACGAGGAGGCGACCAGCAGAAGCAAGAGCAGGGGAGCAGCGGCCUCACCAGCAGCAGCAGCAGCGGCAGCAGCAGCUGAAGCAUGUGGCUCCAUAGACAGGGGGAACGGGCUGGCAGGGAUGCAGGUGGAGGGGGGGGUGGGGGAGGGCGAGGCGUGGGAGGGCGAGGGGUAUGAGUAUGACCAGGCGCGCACCGUGGGUCGGCCGUACCUGAGGUUCAAGAAGCGGCUCGACAAGCACCCGGAGCAGUGCGUCAGGUACCGCUUCAACGGUCAGCCCAUCUGGCCCAUCGCCCCACCGCCGCACCUCCCACAGGCGUCCCACCACUGCUCGUUGUGCGGCGCCCCCCGCGUGUUUGAGCUGCAGCUGAUGCCGCCGCUGCUCUUCUUCCUCCUGGAGGCGCUGAGAGAGCGGCAGGCGGAGGGGUCUGAGAGGAGCGGUGGGGGUGGGAAGGGGUGGAGGGCGGUGGAGUAUGGGGAGCUGGGGGAGUGGGAGUGGAUGACUGUUGCUGCCUUCACCUGCUCGCAGGCUUGCGAUACAACCGAUCUGGUGCACGAAAACGGGAAUACUACGACACAUCUGGCGCAUGAGUUAGGAUAUGGUCCAGCAUGGCUGACUGCAGAGGAAACCAUUGUGGUAGUCAACGACCUGUAGAUCUGGACCAGCAAACGUCAGCCCCAACACAGUUUGUCUAUCAUGAGACCUCCUGUAGUUGAAUCCAACACCUUAUGUAGACUUAGCCUAUAUUUUAUGCGGAUGCAGUCUUGCCGGUGAUGUGUGACUGAACUCAUACCUAGCAUGCAAGCAAUGUACAUGAGAGAUUGAAUCGGAAGCGUGCAUUGCCCCCAAAUUGGUUUUGGGCCUGUCUGAUUCGUCAGAGUCCACUGCCUUCCCUUGGUAUGGGUGUCAGAGUUACCUCCUUGAAAAAGUCUGAAAAAUCAGAGUAGCCUUCGAUUUUUU